UCUCGGUUUCGGUGCUGGCGUAUUAAAAAUUUCUCACUUAUCUCAAGUAUCCUCCUGUGCGUUUUCCGCGGUUCAAAAUGCUUUCGAAUGUGGCCAAAAAUGUAACCCAGCGGGGAUUGUUCGGAAAUUUGUGAUUGCAUAACAACAAUCAUUAUCAAUUUUGAUAUACGAUAGUAUCCCGAACGAUCGGAGAUCUUUUACUUGGAAUCCAAAGGGUUCGAAUAAUUAACGAUCAAUAAUUAAGAACUGGAAAUAGGCCGAGAUAAUAUUUAGGAAAACUAACCAAUUCACGAAACGAUGGCCUUUAAAUGGUUAAGGUCUCUUUUUCAAGCCAAAAAUGUUCCUGCGAAGGCAACUGCGGCACUGAAAAAAAGUUCCGAAAAAACAACAAAAUGCACCGGAAAUGACAAGAAAGUUUUGACGACACCGGCUCAGAAGAAUGGAUACGCCACAGAAGCUACAUUUGAAACAAGGGCCUACAAACUGCACAACCUGGACUGUGGUCCAUCAACGUCCGUCACCCUGACCAAGGACGAUGCCCUCAAGUACUACAGCCAGAUGUACGCGAUCCGUCGGAUGGAAACAUCGGCCGGCAAUCUGUACAAGGAGAAGAUCAUCCGAGGCUUUUGCCAUCUGUAUUCGGGCCAGGAGGCUUGCGCGGUGGGUAUGAAGGCUGCCCUACGGGAGGAUGAUUCCGUCAUUACCGCUUACCGGUGCCACGGAUGGACCUAUCUGAUGGGCGUAUCGUACCAGGGAGUGCUGGCCGAGCUUACCGGACGCCAGAGUGGAUGCGCUCGGGGUAAGGGCGGCAGCAUGCACAUGUAUUCGAAGAAUUUCUACGGUGGAAAUGGUAUUGUGGGAGCUCAGGUUCCUUUGGGAGUGGGUAUCGCAUUUGCUUCCCAGUACAAUGGUAAGAAGGCAGUUUGCAUCGCUGCUUAUGGAGAUGGUGCGGCCAAUCAGGGUCAGCUGUUUGAAGUUUUUAAUAUGGCUAAGCUGUGGAAAACGCCCUGCAUUUUUGUGUGCGAAAACAACGGCUAUGGUAUGGGUACAAGUGCUGAACGAGCUUCGGCCAAUGUUAACUACUACACUCGUGGUGAUGCUGUGCCCGGAAUCUGGGUCGACGGCAUGGAUGUUCUCGCUGUCCGUGAAGCGACACGCUUCGCUAUUGAGCACUGUGAUAGUGGAAAGGGUCCCAUCCUGAUGGAAACCGCUACCUACCGUUAUUCGGGUCAUUCCAUGUCCGAUCCGGGUACCAGCUAUCGUUCCCGUGACGAAAUCGCUGAAGUGCGCCAGACUCGCGAUCCGAUCACAUCGCUGCGGGAGAAAAUUCUGCAAAACGAACUUGCAACCACCGAAGAGUUGAAGGAAAUCGAAGCCAAGAUUCGUUCGGAAGUGGAUGCCGCCACCAAGGUAUCGAAGACCGACAAGGAGAUCUCUGUUGAUGAACUGUGUACGGACAUCUAUUCCAAACCGGAUAACACCACUUCCAUCCGAAACACGCUACCUUUGGCUGAGCUGGCACACAAGCGCCUCGGAAAAGCCGUCAACAUGUAAAAAACCCAAAAUCCUAAAACUACCAGUGCAGUAAUUUUCAAAACACGAGAAACUGCCACCUCUAUAAAUAUUCGAUUAAAUGAACUAAAAGUAUCUCAACGAUCUAGCAAUUGAGUAAAACACAUUUUAGAAAAAAAGCAAAGCAUUUUCCUUAUUUUUACAAUUCAUUUUACUGGUUUAGUAAACUCGUUCCAUAAGAACUUAUUUCCCUAACCAUCUCCCACGAAACGAUAACUACCUUAGCUCAAAGCAACCACCAUCAACACCACAAAAAAAAGUACUAGUUUCAUAUGAACGAACGACCGGUAAACGGAACAUUGCAACAAUUCACGGGUACAUCUCAUUUUCCACCACCGCAGGAAGGAAGGGGGGCAUUUACAUACAUAUUUUGUGUUUCGUGUCCUUUUACUGUAUGAUUUUUUUUUCUUGUGUUAUACACCGUGUAGAGAGGUGAACUCAGCUCCACUCUAUCUAGACCGAUUCUUUAGUUGCGGUUGUUUAAAAUAAAUCUACUCACACCAUGUA